UUUUUUAAACUUAAAAUUGAUGUCAUUAUGUUGCGCGAAAAAGCUCUUUGUUCGGGAAAAUUUCAUUAUUGUGAUAAAAUAAUGGAUUUUUGGGUUUGAUUACCGACUACCGACCUUUUACAGGCAUCCUUAUUUGUUUAUACUUUGCUUCACAGCAUAGGAAAUCCAGAGAUACUGACACGACACAAGAUGGUAGCUCGGAAAUUCAUCGUCCGCCAUGAAAACUCUACUUUCGACCUUGAUUAUGACACCGAUGAUGGCCUUGAAGUUUUCAAAUUCCAGUUGUUUUCUCUUACUUCAAUUCCACCUGAUGAACAGAAGAUUGUCAGCGGUGAUGAUAGCAGAAUCAUUUCUGAUGAUUCUGACCUAAUUUCGGUUUCGAAUAAACUGCGUUUGCUUUCCAUCAACGAUGAUACUGUUGCAGAGUCUUCUACUGGUAACUCGCAGUUUAAUGAAGAGUUACUUAAGGCUGAUGAAGAAUUCGCUCGAUUGCUUCAGGCUGAGGAGGAAGCAUUGCUUCUUCAACAGUAUGCUGCUGCUGAGGAUAAUGGACAGAUGGAGGAACGACUAAGGGGGUAUAUUGAUCAAGUUUUGAUGUAUGAGGACCCAACACGCCAAGAGGCUGCUCGUAAGACGGUACCUGUUGAUGAGCUGGAGGAGAAAGCUCUGGUGGCUAUGGCAAAACAGGAGGGCAACUUUGAACCAACUAAACCUGAAAAAGAUCUUGCUUUUUUGCUGGAGUUGCUGAUUUGGUUCAAACAAUCAUUCAGUUGGGUCAAUGCACCAGCUUGUGAUAACUGUGGAAACCAGACUAUAAGCCAAGGCAUGGGAGUAGCAGUGCCUGCGGAACUGCAAUAUGGAGGCUCACGCUUGGAGCUAUAUCGCUGCAGCGUUUGCUCAAGUAUUACUCGUUUCCCACGCUAUAAUGAUCCGAUCAAACUCUUGGAAACUAGAAAAGGGCGGUGUGGGGAGUGGGCCAACUGCUUUACUCUGUAUUGCCGGGCAUUUGGCUAUGAAGCACGUCUUAUUUUGGAUUUUACGGACCAUGUCUGGACAGAAUGCUUUUCACAUUAUUUAGGGAGGUGGAUGCAUCUUGAUCCUUGUGAAGGAAUUUAUGACAAUCCAUUGUUGUAUGAGAAAGGGUGGGAUAAAAAAUUGAACUAUGUGAUUGCUAUUGCCAAAGAUGGGGUAUAUGAUGUCACAAAACGUUACACCAGAAAGUGGCAUGAGGUGCUGACCCGCCGAAAUAUGAUUACAGAGACAGUUUUAUGCACAGUUCUAGAAAGACUGACCAAACAAUGCCGAAAAGAUUUAAAACCAGAAGUCAUUUCCAUGCUUGAAGCACAUCAUAAACUUGAGAACGAAACUUUAGAAAGAGAUCUUCACUCCAAGGCUAAUACUGCUAUUUCACUUCCUGGGAGACUUAGUGGGGACAAGCAAUGGCGCAUCUCAAGGUCAGAAUAUGCUGGGAGGGAUGGUUUGAGUUGCUUCUCUUGUCCGGUUCGCUUGUGUGUGGAUGAGCAUGUGUCUAACAUUUAUGAUGCAUUGGGCCUAACCUUGUCCAAAUUUGUUGAAAGCUGUUUCUCAAUCUCCAGUGUGAUUGAUGCCCUAAAGACCUUAAGAAGAAUCUUAAUAGUUUUUCGAAAGUGUCCGUUUAAGUCUAGAAAGACGAUCAAAUCUUCACUUGUUUUACAACCUUCUUUGCAUAAUCUGCUGCCUAUUUUUGGUGAGCUACUAGACAUCCUACAAUUGAAGUGUGAGCUGGACACAAAAAAUGAGGUGUUUUUACAUUUGGUUGGUCAUCCUGUAAAGGCUUCAUUGGCUUUGCCUGUUGCAUUAGAUGCUCUAAAUGAUGUGAUCCAGAGCCUUGCUAAAUCAACCAGCAUUGGAAAAGAUUCUCUCUCUUUGCCGCUUUUGAGACUGAAUAGAUUACAUUCAGGCUCGGUCCUUGCCAGUGGAGAAGAGCUUCCUUUUGGAAUUUCUACGUCAGCUUUUGAUGGGUUACAAUUGUCAAAGUGGGAAGAACCGAAUGGAGCAAAAGGUGGUUGGAUUGCAUAUAAACUGAAAGAGGGUCAAAUGUGCAAGCUUGUGGCAUAUGAGCUGAUGUCUGCCAACGACGCUCCAGAAAGAGAUCCCAUGGACUGGAUUCUUGAAGGGAGCAAGGAUGGAGGGUCCCGGUGGUAUGUUUUGGAUAGACAAACUUCUCAGAAAUGUGAAAAUCGUUUUCAGCGCAAACUGUACAAGAUAGAAUUAAGCAACACCCAAUCAAACGCCUUCAGGUUCACCUUUUUAUCAGUCAAAAAUGUUGACUCGACUUCCAGGUUACAAAUUGGAAGUAUCGACUUGUAUGCCGAAAGCAACAAGUGUCCAUGUGGGGAGAAAUUACGGCAUGACUAAAAAAAGAGCAGGUGAAUAAUAUAGAGAAAUCAAAUAAAUUGAAUAAAUCUUAGUUAUUACUGAUUGCAGGUACCAGUUUGAUAUGUGACAUUUAAAACCAAUCCUAGAUUUUAGGAUGAUCUAAUGUGAGGGUUGUAUUUGUUUCAAUUUAUAUUAGGUUGUGGAAGGACCCAGCAAAUGUUGUGUACUUCUGACAGUUUGUAUUGUGGAAAUUUGCAAUAAUGUUAUGUCGAAUGACCGUGUUGUUCAAGUGUUAUAAAAAUGUAUAUUACUACAAUUCAAGACAUUUUUACUGAUAAAAGAACAAUUGUUAUGUUUUGUUGAA